AUAUGUCAAACAAAAAAAGUUGAAGAGUAGUAGUUUCCUUCCUCGACACGUUUAUUCUCAAAAAAAAGCGCUCUGCAACCCCUUCCAUACAAACUCCGACCGAAAGCUCAAGUUUUUAGGGAGUCACAAAAGCCAACUCCGUAAGACGGUGAUCCAUCUUCUCCGCACCACCUACCGGAGCUAGCGCCGCCGAGUUGCCACAUAAGGAAGAAAGGCUUGAAGAAUACUGAAAACUAAAAGUAUAAGCAAAGGUUUUGCUUCUGCUUGAAUGCUACCUUGCUAUGGAGGAUGUCCUUACACUGACUUGCCAAUCUUGUAACUAUGAGGAUGAAGUUGUGGAAUUGGAUGGCUUUUACUACUGCAGGAGCUGCGGACAGCAGAAUCUUGAUGUUGUCGACACUGGUGCCGAAGAUGGAGAAGGGAUCGGAGUCGGCGGUAUCUACUUGGCCAAGCACAAACGCCGUGUAUAUGCUUCUUCUGAGGCAAUUAAUGUGCCAUUCUCGACACCCAAAGAUUUUGGCUCGAAAGGUGUAAAAUUUGACGUCUACAUCAAGGAAAUAAGGUUGCGGUACAUUAUGGGGUUGCAGAUAAUGAUGGAGCUUCAAUGUGAAGCACUGGUGAAGGAGUUUAAGGUUACUCCUUUAAUAUGUGGCUUGGUUGGACCAAUUUGGUUGAGACUUGUCUCCAAGACUGGUGUUUUCGACGAUGAUUGGGCAGAUAAAAAAUUUCACGACUCUCACUUGCAGAAAGAAGGAGAAUCAGAAGGCAAAAACAAAUUAGGACCUCACCAUAUAUUUAGGUCUUUAAAGAAUAGGAUUCCUCUAGUGUGUACUAUUGUUGUUUCAUAUUUAGCAUGUCACAUUGCCAGGGAAGCAAUCAUGCCAUCAGACAUGAUUAAGUGGGCACGCGAAGGAAAACUUCCAUAUUUUUCUGCUUUUGUCGAAGUCGAAAGGAAAAUGGGACACCCAACAAUUGCAUGUCCUAUCAGUUCAAGUUAUAUGUUCAGGCCUCAGCGAGCUCUUUCAGUACAUAAACUAGAGUCACAUGCUUCAUCCCUUGCUCAAUUUAUAGGCUUGCAGUUACCUCCCGUGAACUUUUAUGCAUUAGCUUAUCGUUAUCUUAAAAAGUUAUCUCUUCCUGUUGAAAAGAUUCUUCCGUACGCAUGCCGCAUUUAUGAAUGGUCGAUGUCUCCAGAUUUAUGGUUAUCCUUAUCCAAGGAUUAUUUUGGGCUACCUACUCAUGUUUCUGUUGUAUCGGUUUUGGUAGUAGCAAUAAGGAUUUUGUAUAACAUUAAUGGUUAUGGAGUGUGGGAGAAAAGUUUAUCUUAUAAUGACAGUGCCAAAGAUUCAACUAAAGAUCCAAAAGAACAUAAACAACGCGAAUUGGAUUGUACCGGGCUUCUCCAACACCUUCAAGGAAUAUAUAUCGAGAUUGCAGACACCCAUGAGUAUUCCAAGAACUUACCUACAUAUCUCAAAUAUUGUAAGGAUGUUGUGUUUGCUGGAUUAGAACCAUCUUAUGGGAGUCAUGAAGAAGAAAAUAUGAUGGAAAACCUAUGGAAACAUUAUCAAAAUGAAGAGAAUACUAAACCAUCUGAACCAGGAAAGCAACACAAUACUUCUUUUAACCGACGGCUUAUGACAAACUCUCAUGAUGAUAAUUUCUACGAGAGUUUGUCAGAAACCAUCGGAAAAUUGAAAUUGGAUAUGGAGGAAAAUAGAUUUUGUUACAUAGCACCUAGUGUUAAGCAGAAACAACUGGAUUAUGUUCACUAUAUAAGAAAGAAGGAUAAAGGUGGUCUGUCCUAUGUUGCUCAUGCUGAUUAUUACAUUUUGCUUCGAGCUUUUGCUAGAAUUGCAUAUGAUGAUGACAUUCGGAUUUUGCAUAUUGGUGUUUUGAACCUUGAAAGAAGACUUGCUUGGUUGGAGAAACGGAUUGGUCAAUGCUUGCAUUUGAAACCUUCCAAUGUUUCUUGUCAGUUUUGUAGUGUUAGGGCCACUGAUAAUGGAUCAGGUGAUGGAUCUUAACUAUCCAACUUGAAUAUAAGUUAUUUUUUCCUUUAUUUUUGAGGUGUUUUCCUUGGUAGUUUAAUUUAACUACUAUGAAAUAGAAUUGAGAAAGAUUAUAUACUUUAUCUUCAUUUUCUUUUAAUUUCCAAUAAUUCAUAUAAGAAAAACAUUGAGAAUAACAA